CUGCUGGGUCCAAUCCAAGAAAGGUUCAAAGGACGAAAAUGCCUAGUUCUGGAUCUUGAUGAAACGCUGGUGCACAGCAGCUUCAAAAUCCUGCAUCAAGCCGACUUCACGAUUCCCGUCGAGAUCGAAGGUCAAUACCAUAAUGUUUACGUAAUUAAACGCCCCGGAGUCGACCAAUUCUUGAAGCGCGUCGGAGAGCUGUACGAGGUUGUCGUCUUCACCGCGUCCGUAGCGAAGUACGGCGACCCUCUCCUGGACCAACUCGACAUCCACAAUGUCGUGCACCACCGCCUCUUCCGUGAAAGUUGCUACAACCACCAAGGCAACUACGUCAAGGACCUUAGCCAAGUUGGACGAGACCUCAAGGAGACAAUCAUCAUUGAUAACUCGCCCACGAGCUACAUCUUCCACCCACAGCAUGCGGUUCCCAUUAGCAGCUGGUUCAGCGACGCACACGACAACGAGCUUCUCGAUCUCAUACCAGUGUUGGAAGAUCUUGCCAGCUCACACGUAUCAGACGUCAGUCUUGUACUGGAC